AUGGCGGAUGCUUAUUGGAGGUACAGCGACGCUCGGCAACCACCACCGUCGGCGAUGAAUUCAGUCGUCGGAAAGCGCCCUCGCUCCGAUUACGAUGCCCAUGGUGGCCACGACCUGCCGAGUUAUUAUUCCCAUGAAGAUGAUAGAGGUUCUCUCCGCGGAAUUAGAGAUACUGACUCCAUUAAUGCCUCAUAUGAUCGCUACCUGCACAGUGCGCAAAUGCCAUCAUAUAGUGGGGGACAGUCUGCUAGAACCUUGAGUGGGGGACUACCUGGUCGUUCUGUUGAUGAUCCACGGAUGAUGGGAAUGGGGGGUGUUGAACCAGGGGCACCUGUAAAAGACAGGGUUUUAGGAAUGGGAAGUGGACGGCCUGAGGCUCCCCUACCUCCUGGUGCUACCAGUACGCUAUUUGUGGAGGGAUUGCCUCCCAACUGUACACGACGUGAAGUAGCUCAUAUAUUUCGCCCUUUUGUUGGCUACAAGGAAGUGAGACUCGUAAGCAAGGAAUCGAGACAUCCUGGAGGGGAUCCUCUGGUACUUUGUUUCGUUGAUUUUGUGAGCCCAGCCCAUGCAGCCACAGCUAUGGAUGCGUUGCAAGGUUAUAAAUUCGAUGAGCAUGACCGUGACUCGGUCAAUUUAAGGUUGCAAUUUGCUCGGUAUCCUGGUGCGAGGUCAGGUGGUGGGCACCGAGGGAAGCGUUGA